AUGCGGUAUCCCUUUUGGUUUGGAGGCAGCGCAAGUAGUAUGGCGGCUUGCGUCACACAUCCAUUGGACUUGAUCCAGGUCCGCCUCCAAACGCGCAAACCCGACGCCCCCAAAUCCAUGGGCGGCACCUUUGCCCACGUCCUCAAGAACGAUGGCCCCCUCGGCCUCUACAGCGGCAUCUCGGCCUCGCUGCUCCGCCAGCUCACCUACUCGACCGCCCGCUUCGGCAUCUACGAGGAGAUCAAGGCGCGCUACAUGCGCUCCCACGACGGCAAGGAGCCCUCGUUCCCCGCGCUCAUCGGCAUGGCCAUGGCCUCAGGCUUCGUCGGCGGCAUCGCCGGUAACUUCGCCGAUGUCAUCAACGUGCGCAUGCAGCACGACGCCGCGCUGCCGCCCGCCGAGCGCCGCAACUACAAGCACGCCGUCGACGGCAUGGUGCGCAUGGCCAGGGAGGAGGGCGCCCUGAGCUGGUUCCGCGGCUGGCUGCCCAAUAGCUGUCGCGCGGCGGUCAUGACGGCCGGGCAGCUGGCCUCGUACGAUACCUUUAAGCGCCUGCUGCUGGACUACACCCCCAUGGGCGAUAACCUCACAACGCACUUUACGGCUUCGUUCCUGGCUGGCCUGGCUGCGGCGACGGCAACGAGUCCAAUUGAUGUCAUCAAGACGCGUGUCAUGUCCACGUCGCAUAAGCAGGGCAUCCUCCAUCUGAUAAGUGACAUCAACAGAGCCGAGGGCAUCCGCUGGAUGUUCAAGGGCUGGGUCCCCAGCUUCUUGCGACUUGGCCCACACACCAUCUGUACAUUCGUCUUCCUAGAGAUGCAUCGCAACGUUUAUAGAAAAGUAAAAGGCGUGGACGAAAAGGCGACAUAG